CUCAAUUUGGCUUGCUUGACCGCCGGGUUUCCGUUGCGACGAAGGCGUGGGGUGGCGGGUGCGUGCGCUACCCAUCAUCAAUUCCACUCUCUCUCCCUCUCUCUCUCUCUCUCUCACGCUCUCUUGCCUCCUGCUCUGUCUCCCCAUCUCUGCUCGGGAUUAAUCGAUACCUUUUCAUGAUUUUUUUUAGCAUAAACCUGUUUAAUUCAUUAAUAGGUUGUUUGUGAGAAGCUUUUAUUACGGUAGUUGAUUCGGAUUCUGAGGAUGAGUAGUCGUUGCGCGGACUCUUCUCAGGGAGAUGGCAGCAUCCCUCCUGCUCCUCCUGCGCCUCCUGAUCAAUCGCGUUCUCGUGCUGGAAAUGUGGUUUUCAAGAGUGGGCCACUUUUUUUAUCUUCAAAAGGAAUUGGAUGGACGUCCUGGAAGAAAAGAUGGUUUAUUUUGACACGUACCUCAUUGGUGUUUUUCAGAAGUGAUCCUAAUGCAAUUCCUCAGAAGGGGAGCGAGGUGAAUUUGACACUUGGUGGUAUUGAUCUCAACAAUUCAGGCAGCGUGGUGGUCAAAGAGGAUAAAAAACUCUUGACAGUGCUUUUUCCUGAUGGUCGUGAUGGGCGAGCUUUUACACUCAAGGCUGAAACCUUGGAGGAUCUUCAUGAGUGGAAGACUGCACUUGAGAAUGCUUUGGCACAGGCACCAAGUGCUGCUCUUGUGGUAGGGCAAAAUGGGAUAUUCAGGAAUGAUCAAGCUGAUGUGAUUGAUGGUUCUUUGGAACAACAUUUGAAGGAUAAACUACCUGUGAAAUCUUUGGUUAUUGGUCGGCCAAUUCUUCUUGCAUUGGAAGAUAUUGAUGGAACUCCUUCUUUCUUGGAGAAAGCUCUUAGGUUUAUAGAAGAGCAUGGAGUCAAGGUAGAAGGAAUUUUGCGACAAGCUGCAGAUGUUGAUGAUGUUGAACAUCGAGUCCGGGAAUAUGAGCAAGGAAAAACUGAGUUUUCUGCAGAGGAGGAUCCUCACAUUGUUGCUGAUUGUGUUAAGUAUGUCCUCCGGGAGUUACCAUCAUCUCCAGUUCCUGCAUCUUGUUGCAAUGCACUUUUAGAAGCUUGUCGAGCUGAUCGCAGCAUCCGAGUUACAGCCAUGCGUGCGGCGAUAUGUGAAACAUUCCCAGAGCCAAAUCGCCGCUUAUUACAAAGAAUUCUUACAAUGAUGCAAACUGUGGCUUCACACAAAGCUGUGAAUCGAAUGAGUUCUUCUGCUGUAGCGGCCUGCAUGGCACCCUUACUUCUUCGGCCCCUUCUGGCUGGUGACUGUGAACUUGAAAAUGAUUUUGAUGUCGGUGGCGAUGGUUCUGUUCAACUUCUGCAAGCGGCUGCUGCAGCUAACCAUGCCCAAGCCAUUGUUAUAACAUUAUUGGAGGAAUAUAAUAACAUUUUUGGGGAAGCUUCAGUGUCUGCAGACUUGUACUCUGACUCAGAAGAGAGUGGAAGCGAGAGUGAGGAUCCAACUGACGAUGACGAUGACAAUGAUGAGAGUUAUGAAGAUGAUGAAGAUGAUGAACAUGAUGAUGAAACAGAUGACCUUGAAGAUUAUACAGAUGAUCUUGAACAUGCGCCGGGCAGAACCUGUAGUGAGAGUGGGGACAGUGGAGACAGUGAUUUGUACGACAAUAAGAGUCUUGAAGGUUCUAGCUCAAGUUCCAAAUCACCUGAAGUGGGUCAUCAUUUUGAAGCCAUUCAGAAGUCGUCAUCAAGCUCACCUAAAACUUCAUUGCCUAAACAUGAUAAUGUAAAGGGAAGAGAGACCUCUCCAAAUAAAAGUAAUAGUACAUCAGUGCAGUCUAAGAAGUCUGGUGAACUACAAGAAGAUCUUCUUGCAGAAACAAGUUCAGUAUAUAAGCUGGCUGGUCCGAGUCCAUCCACGUGCAUUAAAAAAUCUACAUCCAUUUCUAAUGCACCAGCUCAUAGUGUCAGGCGUCCCACUGUUUGGGGGCGUACCUCUGCUAGAAAGAAUCUAUCUAUGGAAUCCAUUGAUUAUGCCUUGGAAGAUGAGGCUGAAAUCCAAAGGCUUGAGGAUGCAAAAACAGACUUACAGAAUCGAAUUACAGAAGAGGCUAAAAGGAAUAUAGUUCUACAAGAAAGUUUGGAGAUACGAAAGAAGACAUUGCACAAACGCCGCCUAUCACUUGAGCGAGAUGUGGCAAGACUACAAGAACAAUUACAAAGGGAGAGAGAGUUGAGGAUGGCUUUGGAAUCUGGACUUAAAAUGCCUCGGUGGUUAUCCUCUGUCUCUGCCACUAUUGAUGAAAAGACCAAGGCUGAUCUUAAGGAGGUUGCUCAAGCGGAGGCAGAUGUCAUGAAUUUGAAGCAAAAGUUUGAAGACCUCGAAUUGCAGCUUAAUCAACAACGUGAACAAAACCAUGGUUAUGCGCAUGAAUCAUGCGAUUGGCCCCAACAAAGCUCCAAUAAUCAUGGAAGACAGAGGCAUAAGCAAAAGGAUAUUGAUACUACAGUUAAUCUUCUUGAGAGGUCAACAAGAAAUAAGGUGUCCCAGGAAUUUUAUUCAGAUGGAGCGGACAGUGAGAACGAAUGGAGACAGGAUCUACCCAAUUUCUCAACCAAACAUCCACCUCACAACCAGCAGCUGGAAUCGCUGCGUAGCAGCAGCUCCAAAUUUUCCGGGGCAUCCACUUCAUCUGCUUCAGAGCCAGUGGCAGCCAGGCCACCUACGACAACCAAUUCUAAGAAGUAUGGGACUAAGAAUGAGGGAGCCAACUCCACAACCUCCGCGCUUUCAAAGCUGACAACCCGACUCAACUUCUUGAAAGAAAGACGGACACAAAUAGCAAAUGAGCUCCAAAACAUGGACAAAGGUCGAGGCUCAGGUCGAGGACCAUCUGAACCCCACCAAUCACACUCAAAUAUGGACAAAUGUCAAGGAUUAGAAUGUCCACUUAAUCUAAACUUAGAAAAAGGUAGGGGAAUUGAUGCCAGCCACUCUCUCCAGAACUUGGACAACAGUGUAGAAACAGAAAGCCAGCCGAUCCAAACACAGGAAAAAUUUAGAAAAUCAGACACUCAACCAGUUAAAAACCAGGAGCGAGGAAGAAGACCAGACGGCCCAAAUGUCCAAAGCCUGGAAAGAGGAAGAUCAGAAGGGCAGUCAUUCUGGAAUGUGGAAAGAAGUCGAGGAUCAGAAGGCCAAUCUUACAUUCCUCCAAGGACAAACUCCAGAUGAUGCUAGAUUUCAUAAGAUGAUAUCUCAGCACUUAGCUUAUGCAACAUGCAGCUUAUGGGUUGCUUCAUCAUUGAUGUUCUGCUUCGGCAAAGAUCAGAAACAGGCAGGAAUGCAACCCCUGUAAGGUUGAUUUUUUAUUUGAUUUUAUUUUUUUUUUCUUUAUGUUCAUACACGAGUUUAUAGUCUGGACACAGUAAAAAAAAGGUCCAGGAUGUACAGCCCCAUCACCCCUGAUGUUAGUUUAAUUAUUCAAAAUCCAGUUUGUUAAUUCUUGACUGGUUCAGACACCAUUAGGGCCUUUUCUUGUAAUUAUAAUCCUUUGUAUCGGUAAAUGCAAAAUCUAAUUUCUUUAA